AUACCUCCUAACAGGGACGUUUGCAUUGUUAUACCUCACUGCUCGUCACAUCUGUGUAGCUAUAUGUAUAGGUUUAUAUUGUAACCGGGCCAUCGUCAGUAGGAAUGGUCGACAGCAUGGGAUCCAACUCGGCCUCCUGGCCAGAGAUCUUCCUUUGGAUAUACAUUCUGUCGAUACUGUCAUCAUCAGCAGCAGGUAAAUUCGUUUUCAAAGAAAACGACGAGGACCGUCUGUACAAAGAUAUGAUGAGAUACUACGUGAAAUCGUCACGUCCAGUGUUAGUGAGCAACUCAACUGGCUUUAAUGUUGAUAUGGGAAUGGCUAGCCCAAGACUAGAAUUACUGGACACAUCGACUGACACUAUGACGAUUUCCUUUCAUCAUCAAAUAAGUUGGCAAGAUGAAAGGUUGCAAUGGAACGCUUCGGAUUAUGGAAACUUGAAAACUAUGCCACUCCCACCGGAUUCAAUAUGGCUGCCUGAAUUGGAGGUUUAUAAUGUUUCACCGUUCCAUCCAAGCAGCACUAAGGGCUCAAGUCUAACUGUCAGUUCUACGGGGCUUGUAAACUAUGUACCUAUAAAAACGAUUUCGUUCUAUUGUCCACUUGACUUGUCCAAGUUCCCUUACGACACGCAGACAUGCGUACUUAAGAUUGGGGCCUGGUCACACAGCAGCUCAUACCAGAACAUGACGUACUAUGGCAAGACUGAACCACGCGAAUUAUUUCUGGACGAAAGUCAGGGAGGUCAUCCCCAAUGGACAAUAGAUAAAGCGGUGGCUUACAUUCAGCGAAUAAAAUAUGUGUGCUGUCCGGAUGCCUUCGUGAAUCUUGCGGUAAACAUCACCGUUACCAGAGUAGCUUCAUACUACAGACUUGCUCUCGUUGGACCGUCAGUCUUCCUUGCCAUCCUUAUCCCUGUGGUGUUCUUGCUUCCUCCUGAUCAGACAUCAAGAACAAAUUACGGUAUGAUACUCUUGAUGACUAUGACUGUGAUGAUGGUGGUCUUCCAAGAGGCUGUACCGUUUAAUCAUGCAACAAUCCCAGUUAUAGUGGUGUUCUACUUUGCCAUCUUUGUACUGCAGUUCUUCAGCAUUCUCUGCUGUGCAUUUACCGGAAAUCUGCGGCACAUGGGAGCAAGGAGAAAGGCGUUACCGGCCUGGCUAGGUUCUCUGUGUAUACAGAGUCGUAGACUUCGGAUGUGUCUAUGCUUGGACAGCAAUUUCCCGGGAUUCCAGGAACCUGAUACUCCAGUGAACAUACGCCUUGUUGGAAGAAUCCCAGAACUUGGCACAGGACACCGGACUAGGCAAUGCCGAAAUUGCAGUGACGGACGAACACUUACGACACGUAGCGAACAACACAAAAAUUAUGGCCGGAAAAAUCCUUCGAGAGAGCACGUACGAAAAGCUGGCACGUGAUUGGCAGGAAGUUGGUCGAUGUCUCGACAGAAUGUUCUUCUUAUUGUUUCUAUUGUUGAUCAUCAUCGUUGCAUUAAGUACAGUACUGUAAAUGAUCACAGAUUUCCCAUCUACUAGUUAACUAUUAAAAUAUAUAUCAUCACAGGCUAUGUAAAUAAAAAACCUCAAUUUAUUUGUUUCUGCUCAGGUAUACCAGAAAUACUCCGCUAUAAGAACAUUAAAAUGUGUACUUGGAGUUAAAGAUAAAACUCUACAAUUUUGGGGGUAUCUUUGUAUAUGUUUAUUGAUGUGGGCAUACACAUCAAUAAUAUGUACCAUUAUAGUUUUUUUUAAGUUCAGAUAUAUAUUUGUAUGAGUUUUGAAGUUGUACUAUCUACGCAUUGACUAAAUUGUAAUUGAUAAGAAAUAAAGACUCACAUGUAAUUCCUUAAACACUCUUAUCAUACCAUUCCUUGUAUAAUAUAUUAAAAAUUUAUUCAAUAAAGUAUUUUUAACAAAUAUUUUCCCCCCCUUUCUCUUCGUAUGAAAAUUUUGGGAAAAACGAGCUGUCAGCAAUCCGCCUCAUGUAGUUUCCAUGUAGAUAACAACCAUCUCGUAUCAAACGACUCAUGAUUUGUCCGGCGUCCCUAAAUGAGCUUCAGUGUAUUCCAAACAUUUGCUAUGAUUUUGAAUAAAAACGUUAAGAACAUA